CGUCGACCACUUAUCAUAAGUUAAAGGACAGUUAAGACAAUCCCAACGUGUUGCUAAGGAAAUCUAGAUCCACAAAAACUACAACUGCUCUUUCAACUGCCCGGAAUUUAGGAAUAUGGGGACUGUAACUCAGUUAGUUAUACUGUUGACGAUUUCCUCGUUGAUCAUUGGAGCGUCUCUCAAUCAUAAUCCAGCGAAAACAGACAAUAGAUGCACCUUCCAAGUAAAUGUAACACAAUUUACUGACGGCAACUAUGGAUAUGUUGUUCAGUGUCAAAACCAGGAUCUCAGAGAUAUUCCAAUUAUCAACAUAGAGAACAUGAACAUGAGUUUCGACAUUACGAUAGAUGUCAGCAUGAAUAAUAUAUCGACAAUACCAUCUGACUCGUUUACGAGGUGGAGCAAUGAAACGAAAAGUCGUACGAAAAGGAUAAUUUUGUCAAACAACAAGUUAUCUUAUAUUUUUCCAUCUGCAUUUCUUGGUUUGAAUAAUUUGGAUUACUUAGAUUUAUCGAACAAUACUUUGACAUGGCCAGAAAGUUUUGGACAUCCUGCCUUCCAUGGCAUUACAUCACUGAGAUUUCUUGACCUUAUGGACAAUAUUUUCCAUAAUUUAUUUGGAUUGGACGAAGAAUUACAAGCACUUUCAAAAUUGCAGGUGCUCAGACUAUCACCAUCAUACACUUUUGGAUACGUCAAGCCGUUAUAUUUUGGGAAAAAAUUCAAUCAUAUGUACAAUUUACGUUCCAUUUAUCUCUCAGGACAAACGAACAACUCUUGUUUCGUUCAUUCUUUAAACGAAGACACGUUUAGCAACGUUCCAUCCCUACAGUUUUUGUCAAUUUCUAAUUGCCGUCUUUAUAACAUCUCUGCAUCAACAUUUUCUACAUUGAAACAGCUGAAAGGAUUGGAUUUAUCCAGUAACUCUAUGCGCUAUUCAGAUAGGGUUUUAAAAGACCUUAAGCAUACACUUGAUUUUGACAGAGUGCUCGUUAACGUUUCUUACAAUAGAGAACUCCAAUGCGACGUGUGGAAUAAUCCAUGCGGAGUUAUAUACACGGCAAGAAAUAAGUUCUCUAAGACACAAAAUGAGAUGACGUUCAACACAAGAAUUACGUUUUUUCAAACGUUUUUGACAAAAUGCUUUCUCUCUCUUUGGCCGGACUGUCUUCUUUUUCUCGUGGCAAAUUUAGCUGUCAUAAUUGUUUUGAAAGCAUUUGUAUGCACUUCAAACGGUAAUGGGAAAACACUUGAAGCAAAACAUGGCUGUAAAUUUAUGAAAACUGAAAAGCCAGAAGCGUUUUGCCAAUCUUUUUUUAUCUCCACUGAGCAACAUGGGACCACCAAAGAAGUUAGCAAAGUAGGAGCACCUACUUUCUGUGACAAGGUAAUCGGACAAGAAGGUGGUAGAAUUUCAUUGUUUAACGUUCAGCUAGACAUACCUUUCGGAGCUGUUCUUGAAGUGACAGAGUUUAUGUUAACGAUCAUCGCAAACGAAUCAAGUAAACCUCGUCUGAAAAAACAUCAGAGUUUACUAAGCCCUAUUGUAAUGGCAAGUCCCUCGGGCAUAACAUUCAAAACAAAGGUGAAACUGCAGUUGCCCCAUUCAGCCAUUGACGUCCACAAGGAUUGGGAUAUUCUUAUUUUACGGCGCCGUGGAAAUUUGAACGACCUCGGUGACUGGGAAACGAUGACUUUUGAUAUCGACGAAGAGUGUGUUAUCAGUGAACAUGCUGUAUCGUUUCAAACAAGACAUUUCACACUGUACACUGUUGUCGGAGAGCCAAGACCAGGCUCGAAUGCUGCCAAAGCUGUGCAUCUGGUGGCAUUUACAAAUAGGCUUCAGCGAGAAACAUUCUUUAAAGCACGUGUUUAUUGCUUAAACUCAUAUAAGGAUGAAAUUGAGGACAUCAAGAGAAUUCAACAUGAACUUGACAAAGAUUCAAAGACGGCUGACACGAAUGUUCUGAUCGUGCAUAACAACGAAAUGGAUAUUGUAGUGAAUGUAGAAAAACUUACAGAGGGAUGGGAAAGUGUCGGACAGCAAUCCGAGAUUUUGCCAUUUGAGCCAGUGUGGCACGGGUUGCAUCCACAUUGCACGUUCGUGUUUCGCUCUACGAACUGCCAUGUGAACUUUGUGGUAUGUGACCUCCAUUCGUACCAAUCCGGAUGUGACAACGCCUUUGUUAAAUUAAAAAUAGCAGACAAUGUUCCAGUGGCAAUGGGUUGCUCUCCGCUUUCAAAGACGGACGAUCCUACUGAAAACUUAAAACGGGAGCUAGUGAUUUUACUUGACCCAGAAAACACAAUUCAGUCCGACGCUGGUAAUUGGAAACAGAUGGCGGAGCAGAUCGGUUAUAUCCUUCCACGAGUCAGAUGGCUGGAAACACAACCUAGCCCGGCCAGGCUGAUUCUAGACAAGUGGUUUGAAGAUGGCAAAACUCUAGUGGAAUUGCAGGAGUUGCUACUUAUCAUUCACAGACCUGAUGCUGCUUCUGAAGUCGAAAAAUAUCUUCCUACAUGAAUAUAAG